AUGAAUUCUAAUCGAUCAAUAAAAAGUAAUACAAGUCUUAGUAGUCGAAUAUCACCAAAUUUUCAAAUGUCAAGAUCUGAUAAUUCGACAGACUAUUCUUUAUCACCAUCAUUAUCAAUAUCAAAUAAUCGUUCAUCGUUUUCGACAACAAGAUCAGAUGCACUUGAAUAUGUAUUUGAUCUAUUUGAUUUUGAUGAUAAUAAACAACUUGAUCGAAAUGAAUAUAAUUUAUGGACAGUAAGAACAACAGGAGAAGAAAUAAGUGAUGAUGAUUGGUCAUCUAUUCGAGAACAUGUUGGUUUGGAUAUUGAUGAAAAUGUUUCAAAAGAAAAAUUUUUAAAAUUAAAUGAUUUUGAAGUACAAGAUCGAGAUACAAGUGAACAAGAGUUAUGGAAUGGUUUAAAAUCUAUAGGUUUUAACUAUGCACUUGAACUUGAUAUGAUGUGUCAAUUUAAUUUAACUGUACAUAUCAAUCAACCUGAUCUUCAUCUUAAACCAACAUCAUAUAUUGAAUUAGCUGAAAUAAAAAAAGUUCUUGUGAAAUUUUUAGAAAAUAAAGGACAACAAAUAAAACUUAAUAAUUUAUCUGUUCAAUGUUAUAAUUAUAAAGAUGAUUGUGGUUCAAUACUUUUUGUAGAAAAUAAAAGUUCAUCAAAUGUUCGAUUAUCUAUUCAAGUAAAAGAUUCAAAAAACGUUGCAUUAAAUCUACCUAUUGAUGCACACAAACCAUCUGUAAUCAAUGUUCGACAUGAUAGCACUCAAUUCUAUGUUUUAGCUUAUUUGGUUUGCACAUAA